ACAGUUGUUUUACAUUGCUAAAAUUCUGCGCAAGAUGUUAUGCCCGAUUUUCAUGCAAGCCAGUGAUGCAAACAAGCCCGCUGGAAAAUAAAGGAUUUUUUGUGUGGCUGCAGUUUGGAUAAAAUGAUCGCUGUCUCUCCUCGCCCACUAUGCUGGCGCUUAACGACAUCGAUGCUGCCCACAUAGAUUGAAUAUAACGGAUAUUUUAUGGAAGGGAGAGGUCGUGAAGCUGGAGAGUUGGGACAUCAGCGGAGCUGAGGAGAGGAGCGUUAGCAAGCUAGCUGUCGUAACAGCAACGACUAUAACGGAACAGUGACUUUCCCCGUAGAACAACUCGCUUGUCCAGUCAUCAUGGCUACGAAUGGUAACAGCCCAACGCCCGGGAUGGGAGAGAUCAUCCAGCUAAACGUCGGUGGGACAAGGUUCAGCACGUCCAGACAGACUCUGAUGUGGAUCCCAGACUCUUUCUUCUCAAGUUUGCUGAGUGGAAGGAUAUCCACUCUUCGGGAUGAAACUGGAGCUAUAUUUAUUGACAGAGACCCUACAGCUUUUGCACCAAUUUUGAAUUUCCUCCGAACCAAAGAACUGGACCUACGGGGUGUAAACAUCAGCAUCCUGCGACAUGAAGCAGAGUUUUAUGGGAUCACUCCUUUAGUGCGUCGCCUGCUGCUGUGUGAGGAGCUUGAUCGCUCAUCGUGUGGUAGCGUGCUCUUCCAUGGCUACCUGCCGCCCCCAGCCAUCCCUGCACACAAGUUCAGCCCUGCGUCAGCAGCCUCCAGCUCCUCCUCUGAUGAGCGUCCGGGUCCAAGUGGGGCAGAGGGCUUCACCUGUGCUGGUCCCCCACCUCACCCCUCCCUCUCUGGCUCACCUGGAACAGACGACACCCAUAAGCUGGGUCCUGUGGUUGACCCCAGGAAGGUGCUGAUUAUAACAGGGCAUCACAACUGGAUUGUAGCAGCUUAUGCACACUUUGUCAUCUGCUACAGGAUAAAGGAAUCUUCUGGAUGGCAGCAGGUGUUUUCCUCCCCAUACCUUGACUGGACCAUCGAACGCAUCGCGCUUAAUGCCAAGGUGGUGGGUGGCCCGCACGGAGACAAGGACAAGAUGGUGGCCGCUGCCUCUGGAAGCAGCAUCAUCCUGUGGAGCAUCCAGGAUGGAGGCAGUGGUAAUGAGAUAGGUGUGUUCAGUCUCGGUGUACCCGUUGAUGAUCUCUUCUUCAUUGGGAACCAGCUGGUGGCUACGAGCCAUACGGGGAAGGUGGGGGUGUGGAACGCUGUCACACAGCACUGGCAGGUUCAAGAUGUGGUUCCUAUCACCAGCUGUGACACAGCAGGAUCCUUUCUGCUGCUGGGCUGCAACAAUGGCUCCAUCUACUACAUAGACAUGCAAAAGUUUCCACUGAGGAUGAAGGACAACGAUCUUCUGGUGACAGAGCUUUAUCAUGACCCUUCAAAUGAUGCCAUCACUGCACUGUCUGUCUACCUCACACCUAAAACCAGUGUGAGUGGGAACUGGAUAGAGAUAGCCUAUGGGACUAGCAGUGGCGCAGUGAGAGUGAUCGUGCAACAUCCAGAGACGGUGGGAUCGGGCCCACAGCUCUUUCAGACGUUCACUGUCCACAGGAGCCCGGUGACAAAGAUCAUGCUGUCUGAGAAACAUUUGGUAUCAGUGUGUGCGGACAACAACCAUGUUCGGACGUGGACAGUGACCCGGUUCAGAGGGAUGAUCUCCACCCAGCCAGGGUCUACCCCUCUGGCUUCUUUCAAAAUACUGUCCCUGGAGGAGAUAGAGAGCCACGGGAGCUACUGCUCUGGGAAUGAUAUAGGUCCAUUCGGAGAGAGAGACGAUCAGCAGGUUUUCAUCCAGAAAGUCAUCCCUAUCACCAACAAACUGUUUGUGAGACUCUCAUCGACUGGAAAAAGGAUCUGUGAAGUGCAGUCGGUUGACGGCACCACCAUCUCUUGCUUCAUGGUACGGGAGUGUGAGGGCUCUAGUCGGAUGGGGUCACGACCUCGGCGCUAUCUGUUCACUGGUCACGGCAACGGCAGCAUCCAAAUGUGGGACCUGACUACAGCGAUGGACAUUGCUAACAAAGGAGAGGAGAGGAAGAAAGCAGAUGUAGGUGGGCCUACAGAGGAGGAGCUGCUGCAGCUGUUAGACCAGUGUGACCUGAGCACCUCCCGCUGUGCUACACCAAAUAUUAGCCCUGCCCCUUCUGUGCUGCACCAUACACGCCUGCGAGAGUCCUGCUCGAGUCUGCAGCUGCAGGCCCAGGAGCCCAUACCUGAGAGCCAGGCGACUUAUGGAGCUGUGCGACCCUACAGAGAGAGCCCCCUGCUGGCCCGCGCUCGACGAACUGAGUCUUUCCACACCUACCGAGACUUUCAGAGCUUCAGCCUGAGUCGAGGUCUCCUGGACAGUGCAGGUCAAAUAUCCACCCCGGGCCCUGGCCAGAUCCCCGAUGCCCGCCGUUCACUCUGUGACUUUGGUCCCGAGGACAGUGAGAGGAGGGCCUCUGCUAUGGACCGCUGGGCUUGUCGGACCAUUGAUGCAAAUGUCGGAGCUUUUGCUGCGGCUGGUGUUUCUGGGGCGAAGACAGAAGGCAGUCAAGAAACUCCACGGCAACCUCCAGACAGCCCGAUACCUGGGGGUGAUGUUAGACGAAAGGUGCAUCCACCUGAGGAGGGAGAGGGUGUGGGAUCUGGGGGAGAAGGGGUGAAGGCAGAGGGAGGUGUGAAGAAGAGGGGAGUGCUAGAAGGAGGUUUUCUAGGGAGGAAACGGGCUCCCCCAGUUCCUUACCUCUCCUCUCUGCCCUCCAGCUCUGAAGGUGGUGGCAGCGACUCUUCCUCAAAUGCCUCCCCCUCCCCAACCAAACUGGCCUCCUCCACAUCACCGCGGCAGAGGAAGCUCACCUCCGAGUCAUCCAAUCAGGACAGCAGCCUGUGAAAGUGCAGUAUGCCCACCGCCAUCGUCUUUAGGUCCUAAUUAGAGGAAUCAUGUCAUUGAGGGCAUCCUGCAGGUGCACGUAGGAAUUAUUACUGUGGAGACGAGGGAUGAAUACAACAGUAAAACUGCAGCCUUCCACUUCCACUCCACCCUUUUUAUACAAGUAUGGUUCAGGAUAUAAAUGGGUAAAGCACUGGUUUCUUUUUCUUUUGGGACUGCACACACAAUGAGUGCAUGUCUCUGCACAGGUCUUUCACUCACUUUGCUCCCAAGGCUGAAAAACCUUAACUACAAGCCUUUCAGCCUGCGGAACUCAAACAAAACGUACUUUUAACUACGAAAUCUGAUAUGAGUAAGUGGUCACAAUAUUGUGGCGGUGGCAGCACAUCUCCACCAGAGCAGCAGAAAUGUUUGUUUUUGAUCUUUUAAGAACUAACUUAUGACUGCUGGGUGUAACUAGAGCUCCUUCCUUCACUGUUGGCUUUUGGUGUUUGUUGGCCAAAAUCUUAGGUAAUUUACUUUUAAAUACCUUCAAAACAUAAUGAACUAUGAUACAUAUUUAAAGUGUUUUUGGUGAUUAACCAAAAGAUGAAUUGACUGACCUGUUCAACACUAGUUCCAAAUAGAUUUGUCAAAAGGAUCAGACCCCUGUGAAGACUGAACCCAGCAUGUGCAAUCUGUUGUCCAGUGACGUUUUACUUAAUCUUGCCUUAAACAUGUUACCCUGGCCAAAAUUUUGGCAGCUACUUGAAUCCCAGGAUGUUUGUACUUUACUGCAGCCAGAGACACAACAGCUAAUUUUGUUAACACAGUGAUACUAAAAGCCAAUAGUCAGAAAGCAGUAAUUCAUUUUGCAAGGCCAGAAAGCAGUCAGAUUUUUCUAGGUUUGUCGUUCGAUAGCUCAAUGAGAACUAUGCAACACUGGAGUUAUGAUACACAACAGCUACAUCAGCACUGUGGCUUCCACAUGAGCCCUGUGAUAGACUGGCAACCUGUCCAGGGUGCCCUAGGAACAAAAUGCUUUGUGGUGAACACAGGACUUUCUCCUCAUUGUCAGAACAGAGACAGAAGAUAUACCCUUUCUCAUGGCAGUGCCUGUGUAGGAUCACACUAAUCAUUAUUAUUGUUAAUAUUAGAUUUUUUUUUUUCCACGAUUACAAUGUAACUACACUCAGCUUGAUACAAGGACCUACACUACAUCACUUUAUUCCCUUUGAAACAAGUUUUAAAUGUGUCCUGUUUUGGUUGACUGUUUCAGUGCCUUAUUUAACUUAGUUGACAAUUAUCAGCCUGUUUGUGCGUUUUAAAUGGAUUCUGACCAAAGGCUUGUGAGUGAGCAGAGCCAAGUGUGGAGCCACACAGCGGACCUGUGCACCUGAGCUUUGGCUAGCAUUGUCUUACAAAAGAUUUUAUGACUGUAUGAGCGGUCAGAUACAGAUAUUACAAGAUCAGUAUGUAUUGUAAAUUUUAAAUAAUCCUGAGG